CUCGAAACCACCUUAUCCGGCACACAAUCAGCGGCACCGCCCCCCGGAACCAGUCGCCGCCUCGCCCCCGAAACAGGCCAUUGCCUUCGGCCCCGGAUCCGGGAACCGGGUCACCUCCUUCCCCCGGAUCCGCACGGGACCGAUCCCACCGCCGGCCGCCGCCACCAAGCGCCGGCGCGCGACCCCGCCGCAGCCUGCCGGGGCGCUCGACCCCGCCGCUACCUGUGCCACCACGCGCCGGCGCGCGACCCCGCCGCCGCCUGCCGGGGCGCUUGACCCCGCCGCUGCCUGCCGCCACCACGCGCCGGCGAACGGCCCCGCUGCUGCCUUCCUGGGUGCUCGACCCCGCUGCGCCUCCCCUGCCACCUAGGCAGCCCCAGCAUCGCCCAGUUGCUCCGACGACGACGACCCUCUGCCACGCGCUCCUCCUCGCUGCUCUGCCCCAGCCUCUGGCGCCUCCCCGUCCACCAUCAGGUGACACAAACUACCUCCGCCCGCCGUAGCAGAAGGCAUGCUGUUGUUCGUGGCUUUCCCUGGCGUCCGCCCGUGUGAGAGAGGUUCACCGCUUCGGUGUGCGACCUUCCCUUCGCUCCAGUGCGGCAUGCCCUCCUAUCUGGUGUGACCUACCCUAUGCUACGGCGUGCCUGCACUCUGCUUCGUUGGUGCAUCGACCGAGCACCACCUCCCUUCUCUCUCCACUACGAUGGGCCAACGGCAGCGCGGGGUAGACAAGUGUCUGAAGUUCAGUUGUAUCAGUGUUUCACCCCAUUAGAAAAUUCAUGUUAUGCUCAUUACUUCGGCAACUGGAGGACGCAUGCCGACUGCUCACCCUUCCAGCGAUUGUCGGUUUACGCGGACGACGUCAUUUUGUUCAUCAAACCCACAGUCGCAGAUCUAAGCUUUACCACAAUGGCUUUGCAAAUGUUUGGUGAAGCGUCUGGAUUACAUGUCAACUUCCCCAAGUCUUCGGCGAUCAUGAUUCAUGCCGAUGAGACAGACACUGAGAGGGUCUCUCAUGCUCUGCCGUGGCGUAUGGACUCUUCCCCGUGCAAGUAUCUGGGCUUGAUGCUCUCCAUCAAGCAGCUCACCCGCUCGGAUUGGCAGCCAGUGGUGGAUGACGUGCUCAACUUCUUACCAGGAUGGCAGAGGGGCAUGGUGACAAGACCGGGCAGGCUGACUUUGGUCAAUACGGUGAUUCGGGCCCGGCCCACUCAUCACCUGCUUGUCGCCGAUGCACCAAAAUGGGAUCUGGAGCGUGUAGACAAGAGCUGCCGUGCUUUCUUUUGGGCUGGAACUGAGCAUAUUCAUGGCGGCAAAUGCUUGGUCGCUUGGCAGAAGGUGUGCCGUCCUAAGCAGCUUGGUGGAUUGGGUGUGCUGGAUCUUCAGAAGCAUGGUCUCGCCCUUAGGCUCAGAUGGGAAUGGCUGCGGCGUACGGAUGACGCUAGACCGUGGCAGGGGCUACCACUGUCGAUGGAUGCUCAGGUGCAGUCAGCGUUCAACAGCUUGGUGCACUGGAAGGUUGGAAAUGGAGAGCGAAUCCUAUUCUGGAAAGAUAGAUGGAUCGAGGGUUGGACCGUUGCUGAGAUUGCGCCAUUGGUACGGGCGAAGGUCCGCACGCAAGUGGUGAAUAAACGGACAGUUAGCAAGGCGUGGCAUCUCCAUCGAUGCGCUAAUGACAUCUCGGGAGAGUUAUGCUGAGAUGGGCUGGUGCAGAUCAUCAACCUUUGGGACAGAAUGAUCAACUUGGUGCUGGAUCCGGUGCAUAAUGAUACCCCCCUUUGGAGAUGGAAUGCUGCAAGCUCAUAUACCUCGAAGUCGACAUAUGACAUGUUAUGGCACGGCAGUGUUCGAUGUGCGUCGGCUGCUGCAAUCUGGAAAUGCUGGGCGCCCCUAUCCUGUAAGAUUUUUAUGUGGCUCGCGAUGCAAUAUCCGCUCUGGACAGCAGACAGACGGUUACGACAUGGGCUGCAAGAUCACACCUCUGCUUGUUAUAUCUGCGCCCAGGAGGAAGACUCGAUUGAUCACUUAUUACUGCACUGUGUCUUCGCGAGACAAGUCUGGCACAACUGCUUUCUGAAAGCGAGAAUCAGUGACACACUGGUGCCGACGGUGUACGACAAGAUUGAAGAUUGGUGGCUAGAAGCUCGUGCGUGCAUCCCGAAGGUUAACAGGAGAGGGUUCGACUCGGUUGUCAUGCUCAUUUGCUGGCAUCUUUGGAAGCAUCGUAACGGUUUGGUAUUCGGACCAGCCAGAACUAGCUUGACGGUGGGUGCAUUCACAAGUCAGGUCUUCGACGUUUUGAGAUCUUGGGUGAGUGCAGGAGCGAAUGGAGUCGAAAUAUUUUGUGAGUAGUAGGGUAUGAUUUUAGGAGUGGAGCUUGCUAGGUCAGUUGGCUCUCCGGUGUGCAGCUAAGGCCCGGCUGUAAUAACUAUCUUGUACAUACUUUCUGCCUUCUAUAAAGCUAAGGCACAAAUUUGAAGACUCAAAGAAAAAUGGAAAAAAGAAUGCAUCAAUAUAGCUUAUCAGCAGAAAAAUGGUCAAAGAGUAUGUUGCUUUGCUGGUUUAUGUGUGCUUGUAUCUGAAAAAUUAUAUCAAAGAAAAUGCAGCUACUUGUGUA